AUGGCCCUUGGGGCAUAUCCGAACAGUGUAGUGCCAGAUAUAAGCCCGAUGACAUAUCCGAACAGUGUAGCCCAGGAUAUAGGCCUGAUGACAUUUCCGAACAGUGUAGCUACAUAUAUAGGCCUUAUGACAUAUCCGAACAGUGUAGUGCCAGAUAUAGGCCUGAUGACAUAUCAGAACAGUGUGGUGCCGGAUAUAGGCCUGAUGACAUAUCAGAACAGUGUAGCCCCAGAUAUAGGCCUGAUGACAUAUCCGAAUAGUGUAGUGCCAGAUACGGGCCUUUUGGCAUAUCGGAACAGUUAUGAUAUGUCUGACGUCCGAGACCGGAAGGAGGAGGCGGAGGUCUCAAAGCUUGUGCGCAGGCUUGGCCGGAAGGGCAAAAACAAAGGCCAGUUCAACAUGCCGACAGGGAUCGCUAUAACAAAAGCAGGGGACAUAGUUGUAUCCGAUACGGAAAACCAUCGGAUUCAAAUCUUCAGCAGCGAUGGUGUGUUCAAGCACAUGUUCGGUUCCCGUGGUAACGAACUCACUGAACUGUGUUACCCGGUCUGCGUUGCUAUGACGACCGAUGAUUGUAUCGCCGUGACUGACAGCGUGAACGCGUGUAUUAAGGUGUUUGCACAGUGUGGCGAGUUCCAGAACAAAUACGGGAAUGAUAGUUUCCUGGAAUUCCCAUACGGCAUCGCGAUAACGCACGACAAUUUCAUGAUAGUAUCGGACAUAUGCAAGCACAAGAUAUUCGUGCUGUACCCCAGCGGCGGGAUCUACAGCGAGUUCGGUUCGUACGGAAGCAAGCCCCGGGAAUUUGACCAUCCGUAUUACGUGACAGUGAACACCAAGAAACAAAUCAUAGUGUCGGACUCCGGAAACAGCUCAGUGAAGAUCUUCCAGUUCGAGGGAAAACUCUUGCGGGUUUUCAGCGCCAACGACUUCCGGAUCGGCGACACGUUCUGCGCCGUGCAGGGCGUCUGCACGGACAGUCUGGACAACACGAUACUUAUAUGCAACAACGCCGUGUACAUAGUGACAAAGAACGGGCGGCUGUGGGAGGUGAUCACCGCCAAGGACGGGCUCAGCUACCCCAAGUGCGUGGCGUUCGGGCACGCCGGGCGGCUGACGGUGACUCAGUCAGUGUCCAGUGACCGGCACGAGGUGCUCAUCAUGGAGUAUAGCCCCGAGGAUUUCAAGUCCCUCAAUUCGUUACUUCUUUAUGCAAUCUCUGUAUAGUGCGGACCGGUGUGUUGCUUUAGAUCUAGACCGUAGUUGGGGUAGUAUCAAUCUCCACGCAGAGUUGUCGUUCCUUGCUCUCACAUACAAUCUCUCAAUCUCCACGCAGAGUUGUCGUUCCUUGGUCUCACAUACAACUCUGCGAAAUGCUAAGCUUGCCAUUUCGCCUAUAAAAUAGGUAAAACCGAACAAACGCAUUCAAUGUAUAUUUGAUUGGAUAUAUAAGAUCGCAUGCAUUAAAUUAAGAAAUAUUACUUUUAAAUGUAAGAUUAAUCGUGCAAAAACUUGCGAGUUUUAAUGCAACUCUUUGGAACUAUUUUAUUGCCCAUUUACGCAGAUGGAAUCAUUCCACGCGCUUCACAAAUGUAAACAAUUGAACAUAAUUUGUAUUGAGUGACGUUAGGAAUUGCUUCGACGUGUGUAUGUUGUUGGUUUCUUAACAUCAAAAAAACAUAUUAAUUUUAUAAUAAUGAAUUAAGACUGAUAUAAGAUAUCAUGGUAUGGAAUGGUUUUCUUUAAUACAGUGAAUACAAUGUAACCGUCGCAAGAUAUUGUUUAGUAUACUGUUACCUCAAUGAUGAACGCUUUGGAUGAUCAUGACAUGAAUGAGACGCUUUCAUAACAAUAGUCCGUUCUGAGCCCAACACCGAGGUGAAUGUAAUGUAACUGUCGUGCAAGAGAUUGACAAUCUCUGCCCUCACAAGAAAUCCUACCAGAUUUGGGAAGAUUUUAUUUUAUUGGUUUAAGUAUGAAAAGCAGUAUCAUUUCUUUUACAAUUUGAAAAUAGUGUAUAAGUAUCGAUUCAUACUAAAAAUAAAUACCUAAAUUAAAAAAAAAGUCAAAACAACAACGGUAAAAUUAUUGUACCAAGUGGCUUGGCUAUCAUCACGUGGUUGGUUAUGAAGGAAGUGAUUUGAUCAAGCUAUGCUGGUUCCCGUCAAAUCUCUGCGCGGAGGUUGGGGUAGUAUAUGCAGCUGUAGUCAUUAGAUUCCGUUCGGUUCAAUGGCAGUAUAUGUUUCUGUUUUGUUGUUAAUAUUUACUAACGUACUAUCGUAUCUUUAAUACACAUUUACACAUUUAUACACUGUGUAUCCAUCGUUAAAAAUAUGCAUUUUAACAUGAUAAUCAAAUGUGGUGAUUAUAUGUACAUAUGUAGAUUGUACAAAAGUUGAUAUUAGCUCAAUGCAUAAUUCAUAUUCAAGUGUUUUCGGUCACAUAUUUCAUUAUAGAGGAGUGGACUAUUGUUGAUGCACCGGUAGACAAAAUGUUACACCACUACAUGCGUGUCCGACAUUUUGUUUGACCGUUUGUAAGCUUUAAAUAUUAAUAUAUAAUAUCUAACGUCUGUGCACGUGAACUUUGUUUUAUCUCAAUUAUGAGGACGUGAUAUGGCUAGCCAGAAUGAUUUUUUUUCGAACUCACACUUUAAUUUAUUUUACUUUCAGUGGUAUGAAUUUACAAAAUCAAAGCUAAAUUAAAAUCACAAAGGAAACACAAUGAUAAACACAUGUUAAAUACUUACGUAUGUAUUUCUGUGUUGAGUAACACUCUCAUAACAUUUAACGUUAUUACUGAUAUCCGAAGAUUUGACUUUGUUUAGUGAUACUUAAAUAUUUAACUAUGUUUAUAUCUCUGAAAUAUAUCUUUUUCUAUUUCUAGUAUUUUAAAAAUGCAUGCACACAUAGUUUCCAAUAUAAUUAUACCUAGCUCUCGUUGUGAUUGUGUUAUAAUUUAUAGGAACGUUAAUGCAUUCAUGGCAUGUAAAGA